AUAGAUUUUUUUUUAAUCCUGUAAUCAGUCAUAUUCAAUCGACACUGGUAGACCGGGAGGAGGUAGACAGCUGUUCGUCUUUCACAUAGAAACACAUUCAAUUGUCAGUAGCUUUAUAAAAAUGGUUCUUUUAUGUUUCAUUUGGCUGCUUUUUAAAUUAAUUUAACCAGCUAUUAAAUGCCAGAGAUCAGCGCCGCGAGGCACAGCAUGCACACACUUGUAUGAUCGCGAGAGGCAAUUAACCACGAGAGCGCGCGCUAAUUCAAAGUGCGGGAAAAUCAGUUCCGGUUAUGACAUUGUAGUAAAACUGAAAGUUAACCCGAACCUGCCGAAAUUUAAAACUUUUAGAAUGGCGCUCCUAGAAAUGUGUGAUAAAAUUUUCGGAACACGAAAUCUUUAUGAUGUCCUAAAGAUUUCAAAGGAAGCAUCAGCAAGUGAAGUGAAGAAGGGAUACUACAAACAGUCGUUGAAAGUCCAUCCUGACCGGGCAGCUGAAGAGGAUAAAGAAGAGGCAACGGUCAAAUUUCAAACAUUGUCCAGGGUCUACACAGUCCUUUCAGACAAAGCUAGGAGAAAUCUUUACGAUGAAUCAGGUGAAGUCGAUGAUGAAAUUGAUACAGACCAGCAGAAGGAUUGGGAUGCUUACUGGAGGAUUCUCUUUAAGAAGGUGGAAGUACGAGACAUCCAAGAAUUCGAAGAGAAAUAUAGAGGUUCUGCUGAGGAGCUUGACGAUUUGAAAGCAGCGUAUGUCGAAUUUGAAGGUGACAUGGAGGAGAUUCUGGAUAAUGUCAUGUGCAGUCGAGAGGAAGAUGUUCCUAGGUUUACCAAGAUCUUAAAGGGGUUGAUCAAGAAAGGAGAAGUACCCGUGUUUGAAGAAUUUGACAAGGUUUCAAAGAAGAAACAGAAAGCAAGACAGAAAAGAGUCGCCCAGGAAGCAGAAGAAGCCGAAGAGCUAGCCGAGGAGCUUGGCUUGAACGGCAGUGGGGCGUCGGCUGGUGGCGACGGUGACGACGCCCUCAAGGCACUCAUCCUGGGAAGGCAGAAAAGCCGAGAACAGCAGAUGGACAGCCUCUUUGCAAACCUUGAGGCUAAGUACUGUCAACCUAAGAAAGGAAAGGGCAAGAAACAAAAGAGAUAAUGGAUCCAGGAUGGGUUUUUCUGCAAAUGUGAACUGUUAUUUGAAAUACAGUGCUUCAAUGUGGUCAAGGAAUCUUCAAGUCAUGGGAAUAUUAUAGGCAAGCUGGUUGCUUCUACUUAUAAAAACUUUUUUUUAUGGGCCUUAGAGGCAGAGAUACCAUUCUUGGGGGGUUUUGCCUAUUUUCAGACCCUGACAACUUCCCAGCUCAGAUUUUCAGGCUUGUAUAACAUGUGAGCAGCCUCUUCAGAACCAUCAAUAAGUCACCCAAAAUGAAUUUUGAGAAUUUUUUUGAGCUUGGUAACGCACAUCAUGAGCAUUAAAAUGAUAUAUAACUAUUUAAAAUUAAUCAACAAUCACUUGACUGGAUGUUGAAAAAAUUCAGUAAAGAGCUUUGAAGAACAAGGAGAAAACAAAGUUGGAAGUUUGGAGUUCACUCAAGCAUGGUGUACGUGCACUCUGUGCAUUCUUGGUGAAUAUUCCAAGCAAAAAGAAGUGGUAUCAAAGGAACUCUUGUAUCUUUAAUCUUGUGUCUUUAAUUUAACUUUACAAUUUCAAAUGGUCAAUAUUUAUGUAUGUGCAUGUAUAUAUACCAAAAAAAAUGAACUAAAAUAAUAGAUUUUGAAAGUACAUAUAUGUAGAAGAAUUAUUCUAUCAAAUAAGCUAAUUUUCUCACUUUUACUUUUUGGAAACCAAACAACAAUUUUGGCUAUGUACAGAGAACCUUCCCUGGUGACAUUAUUUGUUUUGGGUGGCUGAUCACAUAUUUUAUAUACAGCAUAUAACGGGGCUUUUUACUCGCUUGUUUUCAAGCCCAGUGAGGUAUCCGGACUGGCAGUCUUGCCCAAGGGUCUUGUCUGCAGUUGAAAUGACAUCCAUUGAUUUCAUCAUAUCCUUUGUAUUGCUGUAAGAGAUAAUUGUCUUCCAUAUUGACGUGGCUACACAUAUGGAUAUAAUGAUUAAACUGAAUUUGUGCAGAUCAAAAUGGUCAGGGUUUGAUCAAGAUGAAAGGACUUGUGUAAUGUAUGAACGUAGUAUGCCAGAUACCACCUGCUAAACAAAAAUAUUAUAUUUUGUGUAUUAUAAAGGGGGAUUUUUUUUUGUAGCCAAAAGAAUAAUGUAUAUGCAUAUGGGCAGUUCCAUAAAAUGAUCACCCUUUUUGUACGUCCGACCACCAAUUUUUCUCAAGUCUCCACUUCCUAAACUGACCAAGUCAUGGUCCUAUGAGAACAUUACAGACUGUCAAAAGAACAAGAAAUCACAGACAUAAAAUUUCAUCAAGGUUUCACAUAUAUGGGGUCAGACGUACAUAUUUUAUGGAAUUGCCCAUAUAUGCUACUACUUGUGAUUUGGGAAUCAUCCUGAUGGUCUUCUUGGCAUCGACAUAUGCAUACAAAUUUACUUAUUUACACCUUUAUAUUACAAGGAAUAUCAGGUCUUAGGACCCUAAAUUGCAUUUACUAUGACAUUACAGGUAGUGAAUUAUGUAGAUUUUUAUAGGGAAUAUACCAUGCAUGAGUGACAUUAAAACGAGUCGUUGCAUUGCACUUUUACAUUGUAGUUUUUACGGCAUACUUUGUGGUAAUGUGAGAGUACAGAUGUGAAAAAAUAACGAGAAGCAAAAAAAAAAAAGAAGAUAAAUGAAUACAUGUGACAUAUAAUAGGUGUCACAUACCUCAGUACUACAAGAAUGCAAACAAUAUUCAUUUGACCCAACCUAAAAGUGUAUGCAUAUGAUUUGCCAUAAAAAACUGAUGCUAGGAAGGGCAAUCACAGAACUUUCUUUGCUCAAAGUGGUAAGAAAUAUCACUUUACUUCUUUAACUAUUUGAAUAGUGAAGAAAUUAGGGUUUGUUUUUUUUUGUUUUGUCUCAGGAGAUGAAUGAGAUCUAGUCACAAGAUGUGUCCAUACAUCUUGAUUUGUUUCCACAAUGAGGUGGUCAAUAUUCCGUUUGAUGGUCAGAUAUGAAAUUUCAGCUGUAUUUCUAGAGAGAGUGAUUUUCCGUUUCAAAAAUUUGUCUUUUCGGUUUCUGAAAAUCUGUAAUUCCGCUUCAACUUGGAUCUUAAAAUGGAAAUUCCAUUUUGUCACUGAAAAUGUACACAGCAUAAACCUGAAUUCCGUUUUGCAAAGGUGAAUUCCAUGAAUUUUUACAUGAAAAGUAUAAGAACCAAACGGAAUUUCCGUUUUAUAUACCGGUAAAACGGAAGAUCACUGUCCCUAUAUUUCCCAUCUUUUCGUAGUAAAAAUUUGUCCCCUUGAUUUAAAUCCUCAUUUUAUGCAUUUUUCUUCAUUACUGCUAUUUAACAUGUGUGUAUAUUGAGAAAUAUUUAUAGGUGUGACACCUUAAGUCAAUUGACUGUAAAUGAUGUGGAUCAAUUCCCAGCCUUGGCUCUAUGUCAUAGAGAAUACCUAUUCCAUUAGAAAGCACUAUAGUCUGUAUUGUGAAGUCUGGCUUAACUUAGGCCAUUGUCUAAGCCUGUUAAAAUUAUGGGACGCCGAAAGUGUCAAAACUUUAGUUAACAUUGUAUUUUUGUAAUAUUUACAAUGUUCUUUCAUCAUGCUUUAUUUGAGAAGAAAACCAGUUUAUUUAUUAUUCCCAGACAGUUCUGAAUGGUUUAGUGUCAGGUGUGCUGAUAAACUAGACCACUACUGGUUGAGAUUUGUGUCACAUGUGACUGCCAGUAGUUAAACUUCAACUUCAGACUAGAGUUUAAUGAAAGCUGACUUCAGAAUACGAGCCUUUACCUUGUGUCUGCCAUGAUGGCCAAGACUUUCUUAGAACAUGAAAUGGAUUAAAUGUAACAAGUCAGCCGAUAUGUCAGUGGAAAAAUUAUCUUACAUUCUGCUACCAAAAAAACUUUGGUCUCUGUAAUGUCAUUUGUUCUGAAAUUCUUAAAAUAGACUAAUUAAUUUCUAAUGUUAGGCAUAUUUUAAUCUCUCAAAUUGCAAUAUGAAAAACAAUGCCCAUGCAAACUGGAGUGGCUAAUAUUUGCCAUUGUUUUUCAGAUGUAGGUUUUGGAGGCAUCAAUAUUUACUGUUUAUGUAUUGCAGUCAUAUCAGGAAGUCAAGAGCCAAAUGACUCCAUAUCAUCAACACAAAAGAUUGGAUAGCAUUACAAAAAAUAUUCUGAAGUCUGGUUUGACUUAGGCCCCGGUCUCACUGGGUUAAAAUUAUGGGUAGCCAACAUUUCAAAAUUCUAUUUGCAUUCUGUAUGUUUUAUCUUUACUUUGAUCUUUCCUCAUGUUUUAAUAAUGAAGGGAACUAUUUCAGUAAUUGUUCCCAGUCAGAUAUGGAUGAUUUGAGUGUCAAAUGAGCUAAAAGAUUGAACUUGUAGAAAUGUUUGAAACGCCUUUCACACUUGGCUAUCUAUAGUUCGACCACAAUUUUAGACCAGAUUUUGAAUUAAACCCGACUUCAGAUUAAUGGCCUAUAGGCUAAAAAUCUUUUUGUUAAAAAAAAAUUAUGAUAUUACUGUGUGCCAUUGUGCCUAACCUGACCCUAUUCAAAGGAUCCACUGUUGCAUCUUAUGUCAUUUGUGAUGUCAUGCACUUGGUACAGGUAACUCUGCAAGUUACAUUUGGGCUAAAUUUUAGAAUUCAUUAUUUUGCCAGGUGGAUGAUUCAUAAAACUCUUUUUUUUUAAGUUACAGACAACUUUACCGAUGACUGGAACAUGUUUUUAUGUGCUAAGUCAGCUGCAUAGGGAUAUGUCAGAUAGCGCAAGAGAGGGUCACAAGUUGUGCGUAAAUUCAUUUUUAACUUUCGAAGAGCUAUGGGCAUCUUUUCAGAAGUUAGUGCUCCGUCAUUUAGUAGGAAUCCCAUGAUAAGGAUUAUAUGCGUCUAUUCAGUGAAGUUUUCCUUGCAGUCCCCAUGACUGAUGAUUUGUAAUAAAAAGCCGCUUGCAGAAUUCCUGCAGGAAAGACGUGGCUCUGACUUUUGAGAAGGUGCCUUAUGAAACACCCACCUGGCUAGUUGAUCAGUAAAUAAUGGCGUUUCACCUGUUUUUGGCUACUUGUAUUUAUUCUCGUACCAGUUUCCCUCUUUCAUCCCCCACCCCUCUCUCACACCUACUCUUCUUUCCCCUCUUCCUCUCACUCUCCUUUCCCUUUCCUUUCUCUCUGUCUUCCUCUGAGCAAAUGGAAAUUAAUCAUCACCAUCUUUAUGGGUUUUACACUUGGUUGUGCAACCUCUGGUUACAAUAUAUUUUCCACAAAAUAGCGAUGCAUUUAUGACAACCAUUUAUGAAAGCCUCUUUACAGUGCAUCCCACAAAAUAGGAAACUGAGAGUCUCAGCUUUUUAGUUCUUCUUGUCAACAGUUGUCAAUGAUUUAUAGUCUUUCAUUGAUGUCAUGAAAUUUAGGGGUUUUUCUUCAUGCAUCACAUAAUAUGAAUAGUUCAUCCAUAGAUGAUCAAGAAGAAAUUUAAAUUUCAGUUUAGAAAUUAAAUGCUCAGAAAAAUGUGUCUAAUUUUUUUAAUCAUUCAUUUUAAAUUUAUUGAAUUCUAAGAGAGUAGUUUCACACAUGAGUUUCUCCAAAAUUAUUUCCAACAUGCCCAAUUAUUUGUAAUCAUCAGCGUGUGAUCAUGAUUAAUGUUGAGGGCGAUAUCUGACUCUAAAGACAUAUUUCCUCUUUUGAGGGAUGCACUGUACAUGUAUACCUUAACCCCCAUUUUCAUACAGCCAUCCAAAAUAGAGUGAGCUUCAUGGAAUUCACAUUCACAUCG